AUGGCAGGCACUACAGGAAAGAAGAACAUCGUUGCUGAAUUAUUGACAUUCCGCUCCUCGCUAAUAGUAGUGUUAACCCCCAUUAUAGUUUUGCCAUUACCGCUAUGUAUUCCCGGAUCGGAGUCCAAGGCAGCGUAUGUGCUCAUCAUCAUGGCGGUGUUCUGGGUUACGGAAGCCCUCCCUCUGUCAGCGACAGCAUUACUACCGUUGGUGAUGUUCCCAUUAUUGGGGGUGAUGACAGCUGGUUCAGUUUCUGUGAUGUAUAUGAAGGACACUAAUGCUCUAUUCCUGGGUGGUUUGAUCGUAGCUGUGGCCAUAGAACACUGGAAUCUUCACAAACGUAUUGCUCUAAGAGUGCUGUUGCUCGUGGGAUCAAACAUACGAUGGUUGAUGCUAGGCUUCAUGAUCCCCACAGCUUGUUUAUCAAUGUUUAUAAGCAACACGGCAACAACAGCUAUGAUGACACCUAUCGCCCAGGCAGUGCUGACACAACUGAUCGCGAAACAGAAAGAUGAUGCAGCCGCUGAAGAAGGGCGUCACCAUGAAAAUGAGGAAAUAAAAGACAAUCACCUCCAAGUUGUGUCAAUUUCUGACAUAGACGUAAACUCAAUCGACAAAGGAAAUGAAAUAACUAACAUGGUAGAAUUCAAUAAAAACAAUGGCGCCAUCAACGACGGCUUCACAUAUAAUACCGACGAGAAAACUGGAUCGCCAGAUAUAGAGGAGAUCUCAAAGGCAGAAGAGCCUGCCCUCACCGACGACAACUUGGACUCGGAUUCCUUAUCGGAUACCGACAGACUGAUGUGUAAAGCCCUUGUGAUAUGCGUCGCGUACGCCGCGAACAUCGGCGGCAGCGCUACACUGACUGGUACUGGUACUAAUCUGGUGCUUACAGGUGUACUGGAAACGCGAUACGGCAAUGAACAUGGUGUUGAUUUUGCAUCCUGGUUCAUCUACUCGUUCCCUGGCAUGGUUCUGUUUGAGCUGAUGACAUGGGGUUGGCUGCAGAUAUGGUUCCUGGGUCUGAGUUGCAAAGGAAACUGCUGUUCAACGUGUCCGUGUAUCGACAGUCGUGAAGAUGCAGCCAGAUACGUCAUAAGGAAGCAAUACGAGGAAUUAGGUUCUAUGACUUUUGCUGAGGGCGCUGUACUAGUACACUUCGUGAUGCUGGCACUUCUCUGGAUGACUAGGGAGAUGGGAGGAUACGGGUGGGGUAAUCUAUUCCCCGAUGGAUACGUUUCUGACGCCACGCCUGCAAUUCUCAUCUCAGUGUUACUAUUUUUCUGCCCGUCACAACCACCUAACUUUUUAUGCUGCAGAAGAAGUGGCGACACAUCAAAACCAGGUCCACGGCGAGCAUUGUUGGAUUGGAAAACUGUACACCACGGUUUACCUUGGGGAAUCGUAUUACUCCUUGGAGGCGGCUUUGCUCUUGCCGAGGGAUGCCAGGAGUCGGGCUUAUCGCAGUGGAUAGGAGACCAAUUGAGGGUAUUAGAAAACUUGUCGGUGGAAAUCAUCAUCCUGGUCGUCACGACCACAGUGUGUUUUUUCACGGAGGUUACAAGCAACGUGGCCAUAGCUACGAUAUUUCUACCUAUUCUUGCUGUUCUGUGUGAGACUAUAUGUGUGAACCCGCUCUAUUUACUGGUUCCUUCCACAAUUGUAUGCUCUUAUGCAUUUAUGUUACCAGUGGCAACACCACCCAACGCCAUCGUAUUUUCGCAUGGCCACCUAACUGUCCCGGAUAUGGCAAAGGCAGGAUUUGCUUUGAACAUCAUUGGGAUUCUGCUGACGAACAUGUGGAUCAAUACGUAUGGUGACGUCAUAUUUAACGUCAAAACAUUUCCGGAAUGGGCUGUAACAGCAGGGAAUACUACGUGCCUAGAUCUAAAUGCUACAUCAACUGGAUAGAGGGCUCAUAAUCACCAUAAUCAUUGUAAAUUACACAUUCUAAUAUCGAUGAUCGUCAAUGUAUAUUCAUAUACACUAUGUUGUCCCGUACUUUUGUAGUCCCCGAAAUAGAGACUUAUGUUUUGAAUUCAGCUCCGUCAUAAUUUCUCACACAGUUCGAGGUUUGUGCAAAGAAAUGUCAUAAUGGGAUAUGUAUGCACUUCGAAUCGUUUUUUAUUUGGUUGACCCUUGAUCGACUGGCGGACACCCCC